AACCAGAAGAGGAGGCCGGAGGGGACCGAGAAAGCAGGCUCUGCUGGGGAUCCAAGCCUGGGAGAGGCCCAUGGCAGGACAGGCGACAGGUGCCAUAGAGUACGGUGGAAUAACCCUCCCAGGCCUUGUCCAUACCGAGGCAAGUGUUCAGUAUGCCCAUCGGAGCUUCCAGGUGCGCGACAGCGAUGUCUUCAACCUCACAUACCCCAAAUCUGGUACGACCUGGAUGCAAGAAAUUCUCUCCCUGAUCUAUAGCAAUGGGGAUCCCACACUGUCGCAGUCGGUUCCCUCCUGGGAACGGGUCCCCUGGAUUGAACAGAAGACGGCAGCCGAAUACUUGGAGAACCGGCCGAGCCCCCGUCUCAUCACCUCUCACUUGCCCCACUCAGUCUUUCCAGAAUCUUUUUUUGCCUCGCAGGCCAAGGCCAUUUAUACUGUCCGGGACCCCAGAGAUGUCUGCGUCUCACUCUAUUAUUAUGCCAAGAUGUCCUCAUUUCUGGAGUACAAGGAGGAUUUUGGCGAAUUCAUCGAGAUGUUUGUUGCAGGAAAAAUUCUCUUUGGUUCCUGGUUUGAUCACGUCAGAGGCUGGUUGACUUACAGGAACUGGACAAAUUUUCUGCUUCUGACCUAUGACGAUUUGCUGCAGAACCUUCAUGGCACCGUCCUCCGCAUCUGCCAAUUCCUUGGCAAAGACUUAGAUGGCUCCGCUGUGGACUCUGUUGUGGCAAACGCCUCCUUUGAGACAAUGAAGGGCAACAAGAUGGUGAAUUAUAGCCUCAUCUCUGAAGAGAUUAUGGACCAAAAGGUCAGCCCCUUCCUCCGAAAAG